AUGCUCAUCAAAAGUGCUAUAGCUUUGACUGUAGUGGCCUUGUGGUCCUCGGUCGCCUCGUCGCCUAUUCAAAUGGUCAAAAGAGAGUCCAGCCCUAUCACAUGGGAUGCUUACUCCAUCAAGAUUGAUGGAGAGCGUAUUUUCUGGAGAGCAGGAGAAAUGGCUCCCUGGAGAUUACCUAGUCCAGCUCUCUGGAAAGAUGUGUUUGAAAAAAUGAAAUCUAAUGGCUACAACGUCGCUCAGAUGUACUUCCAUUGGGGAUAUCACAGUUGGAACAAUCAAACAGUUGAUUUUAAUGGGAUCAGAGAUAUUGAUGAGCUGAUGAGAAUGGCUAAUGAAACUGGAAUAUACGUCUCGGCCCGACCCGGUCCAUACAUCAAUGCCGAAACUACCAGUGGCGGUUUAGCUGAAUGGACAAGAACUCUGAAAGGUGCUGCUAGAACUGAUGCCGCUGAUUACACCGCGGCUUGGAAGCCUUAUAUCGAAGGCGUAGCAAAGAUCCUGGCCAAGUGGCAAUAUCCCAAUGGUCCCGUUAUUGCUGUCCAAAUAGAAAACGAAUUCGGUGAUACCACCACGGCUGCUCGUAACUACAUGGCUCUGUUAGAGAAAGCGUAUACUGAUAAUGGUAUAUAUGUACCUAACUUCCAUAAUGCUGCAAGCGAUUAUGCUAGUCCUUGGAUUUCUGGCAAAGGAGCUACUGAUAUGAUCGGAUACGAUUUUUAUCCCAUCGGAUGGGGCCCUUGUCCUGCUGAUCCAACUGUAUGGACCCAGCCCUACGGCACACCAUUUGCUGAAAUUGUCAAGUAUAGACAAGAUGUUCCUCUCUGGAUUCCAGAACUCGGUGCUGUAUCUAUCAAAGAAAAACCGGUUGUCAUCAUGAAUGCAGUCAGACUAACUUUUGUUUGCUUUCUUACGGCUGGGUAUGGUGAAAACAACUGUAGAGAAGCCGCCAACAACCUCUACCUGAGAGUGUACAACCGCUGGAUGCUUGCCAUGACAGUCUUUAUGCAAGGCGACUAUAUGACUUAUGGUGGAACCAACUGGGGUAACCUGCGCUUCCCUGAUGACUACACAAGUUAUGACUAUGGUGCUCCUAUUGAUGAGUCCCGUCAAAUCGGAUCCAAGAUCUAUGAAAAGAAGCUGCUUAAUUACUUCUUGGACGUUGCUACGGAAAUGGCAGGAACAGACCUUACCACCUGUUCUACAUCCGAAUCUGGUAUCAAGUGCGAUAAGUUGUAUAACAAGGAAACAGAAUCUGCGUUCCAUAUCCUUCGCAACACUAAUAUCAGCGGCUUUGAUAACUAUGAUUUCAAGCUCAAACUCGCUGAUGGUACUUCCGUACCUGUUGAGGACAACAUUGCUAUUCAUGGCCGUGACUCUAAGAUUCUCCCUGCCAACCUCAACUUCCUCAACCAACAUAUCAUCUAUUCUACAUCAGAAAUCCUUACAUGGGGAACCAUCGAUGGCGUGGACUACCUUGUGUUGCACGGAUUGAGCGGCGAAUCAGCUGAAAUUGCUUUGAGCUUAAAGGGCUCGCAAAAAGCAACCGUUCAAGUUGGAAGUGGAUCAGUCAAAUCCACCGUUUCCAGCAAUUCCGUCAGACUGAACUUCAAGUACAAGGGACUGCAGCAAGUCAAGAUCUCCGGUACUCACCCUCUCGUUGUUUUGAUGGCUGAUUUGGACAAUGCUUAUAAAUUCUGGAAGGUUGACACCAAGAACGGGCCAGCUUUCCUGUUCGGCAGCUACUUGCUUCGUGGCACCUCUGGCAACUCUCAAGACGUUUUGUCCCUUCGCGCAGAUACUGCUGAAACUGAAACAGUUGAGAUUUUUGCUUCUUCCAAGUUCAAGUCUGUUGAAUGGAACGGUGAGAAAUUACAUGUCUCUUCUACUUCUCGAGGAUCUCGUUCCGGCAAGGUUAGCGGUCCCAAGAAGGCGCAGGUACCCAAGUUGCAAAAGUGGACCUUCGCUCGUGAAUCUCCUGAAACUCUCACCACCUUUGAUGACAGCCAGUGGAAAGUCGCUGAUAAGAAAAGUACCAACAAUCCUCUUCCACAACCUGCUGGACAACCGGUCUUGUAUGCAUCCGAUUACGGUUACCAUAUUGGUCAUAUUUGGUAUCGCGGCUCCUUCGUGGCAAAUGGCGACGAAACAUCUCUCAAUAUCACUGCCCAAGGUGGUGACAACUCUGUUUACUCUACUUGGCUCAAUGGUAACUAUCUUGGAAGCUCCACCUCUUCUGCUGGCGGAAAACCUCAGCUUUUCAAUAUCACAAGCAAGCAAUUGAACAAGGGCAAGAAUGUUGUAUCUGUUCUCGUUGAUGGUAUGGGAUCGGAUGAAGAAGGUGGUAGCGCUAGUGAAUACUACAAGAACUAUCGCGGAUUGAGAGAGGCUCACGUUCUCAACAACAAGGGAAGCGAAACUGCCACCAUCUCCUGGAAGAUCCAAGGUAACCUUGGAGGUGAAGACAUUGUCGACACCGAUCGUGGUACCUUCAAUGUCGGUGGUAAAUAUGGUGAACGCCAUGGAUGGCACUUGCCUGGUUUCUCCCUCUCAACUAGCAAGUUCCAAAAUAACGUCAAGCUUCCCCAUAACUUUGGCGAUGCCGGUAUUGCUUGGUACUUCACUGAUUUUGAGCUCAAAUUCCCUGCUAAGUCGGAUAACCCGGUUGUUCUUGCUUUUGAGAUGCCUAAGGGCCAAUCUUACAGAGCUGAGUUCUAUAUUAAUGGAUGGAACUACGGAAAAGUUAUUCCAAACUUGGGUCCCCAAGACGAGUUCCCUGUCCCACCUGGUAUCCUCAACACCAACGGAGAGAACCGUCUGGCUAUCGCAGUCCACGGCAUGUUGGAUAAGGACAAUGUCUUUAGCGACGUCCAACUGAAGGUGUUGAACUCUUACACUUUCUCAGGAGAACAAUGGGUCCAAACUAAGGCUCCUAGCUUCGACAAGAAGGUAUAUGGAACCAGCUCUGGUUGGUAA